AUGGCCUCAUUGCACGCUUUUAGUCUAUUGGUGAUUUUCAUGACAAGUUUUGCUUUGGUAAUCCAAACAGGGCUUUCAGCUGAAAGUAACUAUGCACCAGAGCCAUCGCCCUCCUACAUAAAGUAUAUAAAAAGUUGUGCAGCAAUGUUAAACGCGACGUGUGGGCGUGAGAUUUUCAAUAGUGUAUUUUAUGGUAAUCAAACUGUUGGUGAUGAAUGUUGUCUUGAUCUCGUGAAUGACAUGGGACAACGUUGCCAUGAAGACUUGACCAAUUUUCUUUUGAUGUCACCACAGCUCAAGGCCAAAAAGAUUCCUAUUACACAAAGAAGUAAGAAAGUUUGGGGAUAUUGUGCUUCUCUUUCACAUAACCUCUCUCCAAUGGGUUCAGCUGAAAGUAACUAUGCACCAGAGCCAUCGCCGUCCUACGUAAAGUAUAUAAAAAGUUGUGCAGCAAGGUUGAACCCUACGUGUGGUCGUGAGAUUUUCAAUAGUGUAUUUUAUGGUAAUCAAACUGUUGGUGAUGAAUGUUGUCUUGAUCUCGUGAAUGACAUGGGACAACGUUGCCAUGAAGACUUGACAAAUUUUCUUUUGAUGUCACCACAGCUCAAGGCAAAAAACAUUCCUAUUUCACAAAGAAGUAAGAAAGUUUGGGGAUAUUGUGCUUCUCUUUCACAUAACCUCUCCCCAACGGAAUCUGCCCGUGUUCCUGCAUAA